CAUGGAAAACGUGUGCGAGGAGCAGUGAGGCCCUCUCUUCCCCCUCUGUGCAUAUCGAUUUUUGUCCUUAUUUAGUCUUCUAAUGCUCUUUGAGCUGUGCCAUCUUCAUGAAAGAAAAUAAUAAUGCGGAGAUUCUCGAGCUCAAGAAACAAUUUACCGCUCUCCAACAAAAAUGCGGUGCGAAAACAGACACGAUCGUGAGACUCGGACAAGAUUUGGAGAAAUCUGAGAAUGAGAAAAAGGGACUUGCGGCCAGAGUCGAAACACUAGAACGAAAUUUGGAAAGAUCUGAAAGAGAAUUGCAGUUAGUAUGUGCGUGUCAGAACGACAUGAAAAUAAAAUUCGGAACAGAGCGACAGGAUUUGAUAGAAGAUAUUGAAAAGUACAAGCGAGAAAAUCAACAAUUAAGGACCGACAGGCAAGAAUUGUUGGACCAAAAAGCUGACUUGAAAAAAGACUGCAAAACGUUUCGACAGACAAUUGCUCAGUUUGAGGUAGAAAAAAUGGGAGGACCGGUUCGAAAUUCAUUUUCAACGGAAAAUGACGAAGUUUCAAAGCUGGAAGCUCAUGAAAAACUUCAGGCAAAGUGCAAAGGUCUUGAAUCGGAUCUCCGGUCUAUGCUUGGAAUCAAAGAAGAGCUGCUCAUGGAACGCGACGAAAUGCAGCGGAAGGUAGCAAGAUUGAGCAACGAGUUGAGUUAUUUGUUGAAUGGAGAUCCGAGAAGGGUGGCCGAAGAUUUGGACAGUUUAGUGGCCGAAAACCGGUUUUUGAAAGCCAAACUAAACACUGCAGAAGAAGAGAGUGAGUCCAUAAAAAUGACACUUGCCAAAUACAAACAAAUGGCCGAAGCUGUAAAUGUACAGACGAUGGUGAAUAGAUCUCCAAAGGCUGGCGAAGGAGAUGACAAACCAAGUGUAGCAGUCAUCAAUAUGAAACAAAUUCGUGAGUUGCUAGCUUCUCAUGCCAUCGAACUCGUCGAGUCCGAUUAUCGUGCGAUAACAACUAUUCUGCUCGAUUUGUGCAAUGAUAAGCAAAUGGCGUUGGCACACUCACGUCGUGCUAACAAAGUACUGGGAAUGAGAUUACAUGAAGUUGAAUCAAAGCUUGCUGUAUUAGAUAUAAAGUCAAGAAGUUCAAGUCCGAGGCAUGAACUCCCUCGAGAUGAAGACAUUGAACUGGUAGUCCCAAAGGCAGUGGCAAGUACAUCGAGUAAAUGAAUAAAUCGUUUAAAUGUCAA